GUCUAGAGUCCAUGUGACCGUACUCUCAAGUAUGACAUCUUUUUUGUUGUCCCAAUUUUUUUAACAAUGUCAUUGGAUAUUUUGAUUCACUCGGACCUUUAAUACCGCGCCCAGUGGAAUUAAGAAAACCUAUAUAUUGGUUUAAAAAAAGUUUUCCAAUGACUUUACGGGUUUAGAGCGAUUAUUACUCGGUGGAUUAAGGCUUUCUUUUGGGAUCACGAUAAUGGCACUCAGGGAGUUGGUUGAGGGGGAUUGCGGUGGUCCAGGUCCACUGGCGGGCUUUGCCUCGCACCUGGUGCAGGACAGGGGCUUCAGGGAAGAGGGCAUUGGACAGUCCAGGGAGGUGCCGCUGGAGAGGGCCACUGCUGAUCAGUUGGUUGAUGAGUUCCUCGAGGGCAGGGGCAAUGCACAUCCUGGCACUUUUAGGAUGAAUAGUAUAUUGCAGCAGGUUCAGGAGAUUGAUCAUGGCAUGCAGCAUCCUCUUCCACCACCUUCCAUGUUCAGGGAACAGGACUCGGAGUGGGCUAAUCAGUUCCUCAACACGAGGACUGAAUUUUUCACCACAAAUGCAGAUCAAAUAUGGUCUGAGAACGCUCUCCCCCGUCUUCCACUCUCAGAACCCAACGAACUCGGUCUUGGCGUUCAGUGGGCAGAGGAUUACUUUGAGCAUACGUUAGAGUCCUCAAAAAAAGACGAAGAGAAAUUGAAAUCUCUGGACGAUGCAACCACAGAAAACCCGAACAUUGCGUACUCGAAAUUCAUGAAGUUCAUGCACCAGGAAGGGGACAUCACCAAUGAGAUUUCCGAGCACAAUUCAGCAAGCGCUUUGAACUCGAAAUGGUCACAGGAGUUCGCCGAGCAGAAGGAGGAGGCUGAGAAGUCCCUCGGGAAUCCAGAUGGGAUUCUUAAUAAAGUUGAGGAGGAAUUGGCAGUCGCUGGAAGUUGGGCGAAUGAAUUUCUCGAAAGUGCUGGCAAUGUAGGUUCUGACUCGUACGAGUCCUCCUUCUGGUCGAAAUUCGAAGGAGAAUGGGACAAAGCAGCAAAAAAUCAUAUAACAGACCCUCACCCUUGGUUAUCAGACUACGAGAGCUACUACGAUCCCUUCAAAGACUACAAAUUCAAGGAGGAGAACCCAAUGAAGGAUGUUCCUGACGCUCUUGAGCAGGGCAAGAGUCGACUGGAGGCUGGGGAUUUGCCCAGUGCUGUUUUGUGUUUCGAGGCAGCUGUCCAGCAGAACGAGGAGAACCCUGAGGCCUGGUUCCUCCUGGGGAAGACACAAGCUGAAAAUGAGCAGGACCCCCUGGCCAUUGCAGCUCUGAAGAAGUCUCUGACGCUGGACACUUCGAAUGCCAGUGCACUGAUGACCCUGGCAGUGUCCUACACGAAUGAAUCUUAUCAGAAUCAGGCAUGUCUCACUCUGAAGGAGUGGCUCCUGAAGAACGAGAAGUAUAAUCACCUCUUGGUGAGGAGAAAUAGCACAGAGAACCCAGCCAAGUCGUCGGUUUCAACGAUUUUAUUCGAUGAUGUUCACACCGAAGUGAAGGACUUGUUCAUCCAAGCUGCCAGGAUGAACCCAACCGAGGGGAUUGACGCUGAUGUCCAGAGUGGUCUAGGUGUCCUCUUCAAUUUAUCGAGUGAGUACGAUAAAGCUGCUGAUUGCUUCAGGGCUGCACUCCAGGUGCGUCCAGACGACUCGAGACUCUGGAACAGACUGGGCGCCACUCUUGCCAAUGGACAGAGGUCCGAGGAAGCUGUCGACGCUUAUUCUCGGGCUCUUGAGUUGUCCCCUGGGUUCAUCAGAGCGAGAUACAACCUGGGGAUCUCUUGCAUCAACUUGGGGGCUUACAAGGAAGCUGCUGAACACCUCCUCACAGCUCUCAAUCAACAGGCUGCGGGGAGGGGAGUUCAAGGAGGAAACAAUGCCCCACAUGCUAUGUCUGAAACUAUUUGGUCGACUCUGAGGCUCGUUGUGUCGCUCAUGCACAAGUACCAUCUCACUGAAGCUGUGGAGAAAUGGAAUCUGGCAAAAUUGAACGAGGAAUUCGAAAUAUCCUGAAGUUAACAAUAACAUUACUGGUAUGGAUAACAUUACUAAAAUGGAUUGUUUAACUCUAUUGUUAUGAAUACAGAUAAUAAAGGAAAAUUAUUUGUAAAA